UAUCUUUGAAGCCUGGAUUUCCUCGAACGAACAGCUGCCAGUCCUCUGUAGACAUUUUACUGCUUUUUCCAUGAUGGAGUGGUGUCCUGAACAUGCCAUGAAUGCUUACUUGAAGACUUUACAUCUGCGUAAGAACUAUUCUGAUCGAACUAGCACUAGAGGAAGUCCAGAAUUUGAGGAGCCUAAGAUCAUGGAGUUUUUAUCAGCUUUGGCAGCUGGAAACUGUGCUAAACUAAUAGUUCAAAUAACCACAGAGGGAGUGACGCCAGUAACACUUGCAUUGGCCGUAGCUGCAAGACAGAUAGGAGGCAAAUUUGUUUGCAUAAUCCCUCAUGAUCAUGAUGAUGAAGAAGAUAUCAACAAAUCUAUCUGCACGCAUCAUCAGCUUAAUGGCUGUGAUCAUCUCAAAGACGUAAUACAUAUUGUUGCAGGAAAUCCUUGUGAAAUUAUUAAACAGUUCAAGAAAAUUGACUUCAUGGUUGUUGACUCAAAGGUUGGAGAUCACUUGAAAUUAUUGAAGACUGCUGAUUUGAAUUCAAAGGGAUCUUUGAUGGUAAUGACCAAUCUUUUCAUCAAUGGUAAAAAAAGGGAGUCACUGCGAGAGAUACUCAAGGCCAAAGAUGGAGUUUACUGCGAGUCUGUCACCAUUCCAGUAGGAGAAGGAAUUGAGUUGACAAAAAUUGUACCUUCCAACAAGCAUGGCAGAAAAAGACGCACAAGAUUUCAUGUCACUUAUGAGAAUUAAUCGAUCUUGAAUGGUUACAAUGUUUUUUGCGUCCCCAGAAGAUAAACUAAUUUAGCUAUGCUUUUAUGCAGUUGCACGUACAAUUGUUACGUAUGGUUAACAAUGUACAUAAUUCGAUAAUGCAAAAUAUGAGCAGACCAUCCAAAUCAGGAUGUGAACUUA